UCCGACACAACGCAGGGGACACGUUCGCGAGCAAGUGACAGAAAGGGAAGAGAGAAGAAACAAACAAAAAAAACAAAAAAGAAAAGAAAGAAAAAACAACGCGAAACAUCACGCUCGAUCCGCUUCUCUCUCUCUCUCUCUCUCUCUCUAUAUAUAUUCGUCACCAUCGCCGUAACGUCUGGGGUAAAAGGAAUUUUUAACGUCCGUCGAAGAGUACAAACGCGAGACAUCCGUCUCUGAUUAAUCGUCCCCGAAAAGGAAGGCAAGAGAGAAGAAAAAAAAAAAAAAAACAAGAAAAUGUCGCGACGGUUUUUCAACAUCGCCGAAGUUUUCAUCGGCAUCGCAAUCGUCUCGGCAACCGUCGCUUCGUUCGUCGUCGCGGCGCCAACUCAGCUCCAGAACGAUGUCAUAGAAGCCGACCCUCGCAUUUACGCUCAACCGGAACUGGCGGAAGCUCUUGCAAGGCAUUACGAGGCCCUCGAAUGGAACGAAAAACAUGAAAAUCCUCAAGAAAAUGGUAACCAACAGAAAUCAAAAAGCCUUUAUCAGCAGCUUCGCAAUUUGGACAGUAUCGGAGGUGCGAAUCUUUUGAGAAACUUGGACAGCAUCGGAGGCGCUAAUCUUCUAAGAAACUUGGACAGCAUUGGGGGAGCUAAUCUUUUGAGGAACUUGGACAGCAUUGGAGGAGCCAACCUUUUGAGGAACUUGGACAGCAUUGGAGGAGCUAAUCUUUUGAGGAACUUGGACAGCAUUGGAGGAGCUAAUCUUCUAAGAAACUUGGACAGCAUUGGAGGAGCCAAUCUUUUGAGAAACUUGGACAGCAUUGGAGGAGCUAAUCUUUUGAGAAACUUGGACAGCAUUGGAGGAGCUAAUCUUUUGAGGAACUUGGACAGUAUUGGAGGAGCCAAUCUUUUGCGAAACUUGGACAGCAUUGGAGGAGCCAAUCUUUUGAGGAACUUGGACAGCAUCGGAGGAGCUAAUCUUUUGAGAAACUUGGACAGCAUCGGGGGUGGCAAUCUAGUUCGAAAAUAGAUCGGUUGGACGUAUUAACUAUGAUGCUUAUUAGUUUUGAAAUCGGUUAAACGUAUAGACGACUGUGUAGCAGGUAUCGGUAAGAACGUAUAUAUGUUAAAUUUAAGCGUAUAAAGAAUCAUAAAAUACAACAAGAUAGCAAUGAAAAUUGGUAAAGAUUGAAAGACGAAAAUACCCAGAGAAUCCAAUCCAUUCUUCCAGACUCCCGAAACAAUUCUUUCUCACUGAUACUCUUCCAGUUGCUCAACGGGGUUCAUAAAACUGCAUACAUUCGUACGGGGUAUGGUUUGUAUCGACGUUGGAACGAGGAACCAGGAUUGACGGGAUGUUUCAAGACGACCACGAGACACGUUUAUACCUUGGAUAAUUAUUUCCCGGACUGAAACUUUCCCGUUUAACUU